GCCAUGACGCUGCUCCCUGGUUCAGAAUAUCAUACCUGGGCUAUCCCCCUACAGGCUACCUGCCUUUCCCUGGAUAUCCUCCUGCAGGUCAGGAGUCACCUUUCCCCGCUCCGGGUCAGUGUCCAUAUCCUAGUGGCUUUCCACCAAUGAGAGGAGGUGCUUACCCUCCAGCACCGAGUGGCAGCUACCCAGGAGCUGGAGGCUACCCUACACCUGGAGGUUAUCCCGCUGCUGGGGGCUAUCCUGUUACCCCACAUCCAGGGGGCGCUCCAGCCUAUCCUGGAGGACAAGGCUUUGGGGCUCCACCUGGUGGAGCAGGCUUUUCUGGCUAUCCACAGCCACCUGCACAGUCUUAUGGUGGUGGACCAGCCCAGGUUCCAGUAAUAGGUGGCUUUCCCAGAGGACAGAUGCCCUCGCAGUACCCUGGAGGACAAGCUCCUUACUCUAGCCAGCCUGUUGCAAUGACUCAGGGCACCCAAGGAACAAUCCGACCAGCCUCCAACUUUGAUGCUAUGAGAGACGCAGAAAUUCUCCGCAAGGCAAUGAAGGGGUUUGGGACAGAUGAGCAAGCAAUUGUGGAUGUUGUGUCCAGUCGUUCCAAUGACCAGAGGCAACAAAUUAAAGUAGCCUUUAAGACCAUGUAUGGCAAGGAUUUAAUUAAAGAUCUCAAGUCAGAGUUGAGUGGAAAUAUGGAAGAGUUAAUCCUUGCCCUGUUCAUGCGGUCUACAUAUGCCUGGGGUUUACAGAAAGCGAUGCAGGGAGCAGGAACUCAAGAACGUGUAUUAAUAGAGAUUUUGUGCACAAGAACAAAUCAAGAAAUCCGAGACAUUGUUAGAUGUUAUCAAUCAGAAUUUGGACGAGACCUUGAGAAGGACAUUAAGUCAGAUACUUCAGGACAUUUUGAACGUCUCCUCGUGUCCAUGUGCCAGGGAAAUCGUGAUAAGAACCAGAGCGUAAACCACCAGAUGGCUCAGGAAGAUGCCCAGUGCCUCUAUCAGGCUGGCGAGGGGGAGUUAGGGACAGAUGAAUCCCGCUUCAAUAUGAUCCUGGCCACAAGAAGCUUCCCUCAGCUGAAAGCCACCAUGGAGGCUUAUUCCAGGAUGGCUAAUCGAGAUUUGUUAAGCAGUGUGAGCCGAGAGUUUUCCGGAUAUAUUGAAAGUGGUUUGAAGACUAUCUUGCAGUGUGCCCUCAAUCGUCCUGCCUUCUUCGCUGAGCGACUCUACUAUUCCAUGAAAGGCACUGGCACAGAGGACUCCACCCUGGUCAGGAUUGUGGUCACUCGAAGUGAGAUUGUUGUUCAGAUAAAGCAGAUGUUCACCCAGAUGUAUCAGAAGACCCUAAGCACAAUGAUUGCCAGCGACACAAGCGGUGAUUACAGAAAGCUGCUUCUGGCCAUCGUCAGCCAGUGAGAGGGGGUUUGGGUGUUUGUCUUUAAUGAAUGACACUAUUCAGGGCUUAUCCUUGCAAGCAACGAGACCUGCAUGGAGCAAUGUCGACACCACCUAACCGGAGUAGCUUUUUACUAAGGACUGUGUGAGGGUACCGUGCUUGGUUUGCGCACGUUGUUACUGCCUUAAUUCUAAUGUUUUUUUUUUUCCUUUCUAUAUCCAACCAGUGUAAAGGCCAUAUCAGUGAUGUAGUAAUU